UGAAGGACCUAAGGCAGAUGUAACUGCUUGAACUCCGGGUUAGGGUUUUUAUCUUUCGCGCAACUCGUAGCCUGGUAGCUUUCUGCUGCGCUGAGUGUAGAGAUACGAGUUGCAAGAAUUGCAGAGAGCAGUUUCUACUAUCAACGCCACCAAUAUGACGACCGUCGUACCUACAUCCGAGGAAGAUCCCGCCCUCUCCGUUGUGCGUUUCACCGCCGAGAUGUCCUGGGCUGAAGCCGGUCCUGAGGUAGCUGAACCACAAGUGACUAGUUUGUGCAUGGAGGCCCAGGAAUGCAUGAUUGCUGGCAGAUGGUUGGAUUUGGCUUCACUAAUGAUUACUUCGGCUGAUUUAGUAUUUUCUAAAGCUUCAGAAAAAGAUCUCGAGUGCAUCUUCACUGUCAUCUGCAAUCUUGUUAAGAAGCCCGAAAGCCUUGAUGAGUCACUAGAGAUUUCAAAGCUCAUAUCCACAAAAAUUGCUCAACAACCAAAUGAAAAGCCUUCACUCCGAUUAAAGAUCUUGUUCAAUCUGUACAACAUGUUAGAGAACCCUUAUGGAAGGUUCCUUGUUUACAUGAAGGCUCUUGAAGUAGCAGCCAAUGGGAAGGAUCAAAGACAACUCUUUCUUGCCAUCUCUAAUAUCUUGAAGGAACAUAAGAGCUCAACCAAAGAAAACCUCAAAUUUCUAACCACGUAUCUGGCAACAUUCUCUGGUGAUGAUGCACAUGAUAUAAAUGAGGCAAAAGAAGAAGCUGCUUACACCAUUAUUGAAUUUGUGAAAGCACCCGACAUGUUUCAGUGUGAUCUGCUUGAGAUGCCAGCUGUAGCACAACUGGAGAAAGACUCAAAGUAUGCAUUAGUCUUUGAGCUUCUAAAGAUAUUUCUGGUCAAAAGAUUGGACGCAUACUUGGAUUUUUAUACAACAAAUUCUGAAUUACUGAAAAGCUAUGGCCUUGUCCAUGAAGACUGUAUCUCAAAGAUGAGGUUAAUGACAAUUGUGGAUCUUGCUUCUAAUGAAUCUGGUCAAAUUCCUUAUUCUUUAAUCAAGAACUCUCUUCAGAUAGAGGAAGAUGAGGUGGAAUCAUGGGUGGUAAAGGCAAUCGCUGCAAAAUUGAUUGAUUGUAAAAUCGACCAAAUGAAUCAAGUGAUUAGAGUGAGCCGAUACAGUGAGAGUGUGUUUGGGGUGUCUCAGUGGGAAGCUCUUAGAACAAAGCUGACAACAUGGAGGGGUAAUGUUGCAAAUGUAAUAACAACUAUUCAAGCCAACAAGGUUGCUGAGGAAGGAACUCAAACGAUGCAAGGAUUGAUGAUACGUUAGACAUUUUUGUUCAUUUUACCCGAAUCAUAAUUAUGGAAAUUUUGACCCUUCUCCUCAUUUUGAGCUCUAGGUUUCUUGUUGUUUUGUGUUUGAAUAUGUACUAUUACUUUGUGAAAUUCAUUAGAAAACAAC